AUGGCGAGUCAAACCGAUUCCCACCCACCGCCGUCUUUCGUUGACUCCUCACUUGACGAAAGUUCACUGGAUUUGGCGUCACGUAAACGCCGCGCGUCACCCCUUGCUUGCCCUUGGCGUCGACGCUCUUCUGAACGAAAACUGCAACGUGUUCUGAAUGCGCUGGCUCCUUUCCGUCUGAAGAGUUCGCGACGCAGCCAUUCCGUCGACGACUUAACAAACAGACGGGAACUGGUUUCACAGGCGCAGCGACGACAAGCCUCCGACAAGUCUGGUGAAUGGCCCAAGUCAUCGGCAAAUGAAUUUCUUGGGGAUUCGGUCUCCCUUACGGUGCCUAUUGUGCCUCGACACUGCUGCUCCGCUGCCUUAGAUGAUGACCUGACGAAUCUUCCACCGUUACUGGCGGCCCACGUGUACCGGCUGGAUCAUGAUCUCGCGGAACCAGACAUCGGUCUUCAUGAACUGCGUCGGCGGUGGCCAAGAACCUUUACCAACCUGAUUGCCAACUAUUUGAGCUUCCUUGAUUUCCAGGCAGACGACCUGUUUCGCAUUGCCGAUGAGGUUGGCUGCCAGGAGUUCACACUUACGAGUGUUCGCGGAUGCGCCUCCCCGAUGACCCGCUCAGUCUUUACACCCAUCCGAAGAGCAAACCUGAUGUCCAUUCGCGGUAACGGAAGAGCACCUCGAGAAGAUAUUUCGUACUGGUACACAGUAGUGAACGCGAUGAUCAAAUAUCUUCUCGAAGAAAGUCGAUACCGUCAGAAGUUUAUAUUCCGCCGCCCUGGUAUUCAAACGCAUGUUAACGAACUGGAAAAGCUGCUGUUUUCUCAGAAAAGUAUGGGGUUCACAGAUGACAGCCACUCCAACGCCGAAAGCCCUCUCGCGGUUAGCUCUGUCAGCCGCAUAAGCAGUAUACUCGCUGGUUUCGACUCGAUCACCGUGGCCUCUACACUGUCUCGAGUCCUUCGUAGACACGGUCCCCUCAUUCCCUCCCGCCUCCACUGCCUAUUCAGCCAGCUGACAAUGUCCCCAGGACCUUCGAGUGAUACUGUAUCCGACACAUCCAAUGUAUUUGCAACCAGCACGCAUUCCUCCUCGUCGGUGUUCCACCUUCAGUCCUAUCGUCGUCGGGCUCUCCGUCUUCUCCUUCAACUGACCCCAUCCCAGCAUCUAAAUCUUGUCUAUCGGCCUCUCUGUCACCUCUUGGUGUGCAUAGCUGAUGAUCCUGCCUGCGAGGUCAACGAGACAAGCUUAGCUGUCCUCUUUGCUCCCGUCUUUAUGCUGGAUCGUGAGUCCGCCACACCCUCUAUGAUGGCAAACCCACAACUACCAGAGAUCGUCAAACUGCUCAUUGCACUUGCCCAGCGCGAACUGUCCACCGUCGAAGCCGGCACUGCACCUCUGUUUAGGGUCCCGAGGCUGUUCGUACACGAUUGUCAUCGCAAUCUCGCCGCACAUUUGGUAAGCUGCUUCCGGUAG